AUGGCGAAAAGCACAGAAGUGCUAACUUAUUUAAGGAGUCCAAACUGGGAUACUCGUAUUGCAGCAGGGCAAGCCAUAGAAGCGAUCGUAAGGAAUGUACCAGAAUGGAAUCCUUCUCCCAGACUAAAAGAAGAGCCUGGCUCAGAGACUACUUCAGAGGAUUUAUUUGCUAUGGAUCGUUUGAGUUUUGACAGAUUCGAUAUUGCUCAGCUGUUGAGGCAUGGAGCAUCUCUUCUUGGCUCUGCAGGUGCAGAGUUUGAACUGCAGGAUGAGAAAUUAGGUGAAACAGAUUCUAAAGAGCGAAUUGCACGUCAGAGGAAACUGUUGCAGAAAAAACUUGGUCUGGACAUGGGAGCUGCUAUUGGAAUGAACACUGAUGAUCUGUUCAAUGAUGAAGAUUUGGAGUAUACGCCAUCCUUAAUUCCAACAGCUACCAGACAACCUGUAGGUAGAUCUGCAGGCUGUUUGAGUGCAAGGAAUCAUACAGUGGUUCAGGUCUUGGAGCUUCUUGAAUACAACUUCCCAGAUGGCUUGCCUCACGCUAGAAAAGAUAAGGCCAAGAGGCAGGCCAGGCUGAGGGCUUCUCAGAAGUCCAGGGAUGGAGAGAAGGCCUGUACUAAAGAUAAUGACAGCACUGAUUGUGAACCAGAGGAGAAGAGGAGAAAAAUGACAAAUGUUGUAAUUGAUCAGCCUGCAAGUGAGACUAAAGUCUUAAUAGAUAAUAUUCCAGAUUGUUCUUCAUUUGAUGAGGUAAAUGAAUGGCCAUUUGAGAGCUUCUGUGAAGAGCUUUGCAAUGAUCUUUUUAACCCAGCAUGGGAGGUGCGACAUGGUGCUGGCACUGGGUUGCGAGAGAUACUUAAAGUUCACGGAAGAAGUGGAGGAAAAAUGGCAGACUGCACUUUAGAUGAGCUGGAACAGCAGCAUCAAGAGUGGUUAGAAGAUCUUGUCAUCAGAUUGCUUUGUGUAUUUGCUCUGGACAGAUUUGGAGAUUUUAUUUCUGAUGAAGUUGUGGCACCAGUUCGUGAGACCUGUGCUCAAACAUUGGGUGUUGUACUGAAAUAUAUGAAUGAGACUGGAGUCCAUAAUACUGUUGAUGUUCUUCUGAAGCUUCUGACCCAAGACCAGUGGGAAGUGAGACAUGGUGGGCUUUUGGGAAUUAAGUAUGCACUGGCAGUUCGACAUGAUAUGAUUCAGACGUUACUACCUGAAGUGUUGCCUGCUGUUGUUGAAGGAUUGCAAGACCUAGAUGAUGAUGUACGAGCUGUUGCUGCAGCCGCUCUGGUACCAGUGGUUGAUAGCCUUGUGGGCCUCCAGGCUGUUCAGGUGCCAUUCAUUGUUGAUACACUGUGGAGUGCUCUCUUGGAGCUGGAUGACCUUACUGCAUCCACUAACAGCAUAAUGACCCUUUUGUCUUCCCUUCUGGCCUACCUUCCUGUUCGACAGUACAGCAUUCAGCAGUCACUAACAGUGUUGGUCCCACGUGUUUGGCCAUUUCUUCAUCAUACAAUCUCAUCUGUAAGGAAAGCAGCAUUGGAAACUUUGUUUACUCUCUUAUCCACACAGGAGCAAAGUUCUGCUACAUGGCUUACUCCGAUUCUUCAAGAAAUGUUACGACACAUAUUUCAAGCUUGCAUUUUAGAAAGCAACCAAGACAUUUUGGACCUUAUUCAAAAGGUAUGGCAAGAAUUACUAGACAAGGCUCCAGUGCAGUACAUUGUUGCAGCUGCUUGUCCUUGGAUGGGAGCUUGGCUAUGUCUUAUGAUGCAGCCGUCACACUUGCCCAUUGAUUUAAACAUGUUGCUGGAAGUAAAAUCCAGAUCAAAGGAAAAAUUUCAUGGCAAACAGCGGCAAGGGCAGUCUCAAACAAAGGAAAUCAUACAGGAGUUCAUUGGUGGUGCAGAUAGUAUCACAGAUGAUCCAGCAACCAGAGAUUAUGUAGUCAUUCGAGCUCGUAUGAUGGCUGCUAGAUUAUUAGGAGCACUUUGUUGUUGCAUUUGUGAUGUCAGUGUUAACGACACUCAAGACAUAAAACCAGCUGAAUCACUAGCACAGCUACUGCUUUUCCAUUUAAACUCCAAGUCUGCCCUACAGAGGAUGGCUGUUGCAUUAGUGGUUUGUGAGUGGGCAGCACAGAAUAAGGAAUGUAAAUUGGUGUCUUCUGCAGUACAGCCACGGCUACUUUCCAUUCUUUCAGAGCAUUUGUAUUACGAUGAAAUAGCAAUUCCAUUCACAAGAAUGCAGAAUGAGUGUAAGCAGUUCAUUACAUUAUUAAAAGAUGCACAAAUUGACCUCCAGAACAGAAUUAACUGCAGCGUGUUUACAAUUGAUCAAGCUCUUGAACUGGUUACUGUUGUUUACAGUGAAGCUACAUCAACAAGCAACCUGAGUUCAAAGGUUCUCCAACAGCUGGAAAGUAAAAGACAGCAAGUGCAGAUGACUGUCACAGAAACUAAUCAAGAGUGGCAGGUCCUCCAUCUUAGAGUACACACAUUUGCUGCCUGUGCCAUAGUAAAUCUGCAGUUUCUUCCAGAAAAACUAAAUCCAGUUAUAAAACCUUUAAUGGAUGCUGCUAAAAGAGAGGAGAAUACAUUGCUGCAAAACUACGUUGCUUCAUGCAUAGCCAAGUUACUUCAACAGUGUACCUCAAGAAAUCCGUGUCCUAAUUCCAAAAUUGUUAAAAAUCUUUGUACCUCACUUUGUGUGGAUCAGCAGCUCACUCCUUUGGCAGCAUGUCCUGUACCAUCUGGAAAUGUUCAAGAAAACAGCAAAGGAGGACCAAACUCCGAUAAAGAUGGAGUACACCACACUGUUAGUAAAACUAGAGGAAUAAUAACGUUGUACAGGCACCAACAAGCUGCAUUUGCUAUCACUAGUAGGAGAGGUCCCACACCUAAAGCAUCCAAAAACCAGUCUGCAGAUCUUGCUUCGUGUAAUCUCUCAUCCGAUCCAGAUGAGUCUCAGAAACCAUUCAUAGUUCAGAGGAGAGGGUCUGAGUUCGCACUAACAACAAUAGUGAGAUAUUUUGGAUCGAAAAUGGCUUUGGAAUUACCGUACCUCUGGGAAGCCAUGGUGGGCCCUUUAAAGAACAACAACAUUCAGAAUUUUGACAGACAUUUACUGCUGGAAAAGGGAGAUGGCCCUGCGCAAGACUUGGUGUAUGCACUGCAGGUACUGGAAGUUGCAGCCUGCUCACUGGAUUCUCAUCUUCAUCCAAUGUUAUUAGCACAUUUACCUCAUCUGUGUACCUGCCUUCAGCAUCCAUACACUGCAGUGCGACAUAUGGCUGCACGUUGUCUGGGAGCCGUAAGUAAAAUAGCUACCAUGGAAACUAUGAAUAUCUUUCUAGAGAAGGUUCUUCCGUGGCUGGGAGCAAUUGAUGAUAACAACAAGCAAGAAGGAGCAAUUGAAGCACUUGCAUGUGUUAUGGAGCAACUUGAUGUUGGUAUUGUACCCUAUAUUGUCCUCUUGGUGGUACCGGUCCUAGGAAGGAUGAGUGAUCAAACGGAUAGUGUAAGGUUUAUGGCAACUCAGUGCUUUGCUACAUUAAUUAGGUUAAUGCCACUUGAGGCUGGCAUUUCUGAUCCACCACAUAUGUCAGAGGAACUAAUUAAACAGAAGGCAAGGGAACGGUAUUUCCUGGAGCAGCUUCUGGAUGGAACAAAAUUAGAAAAUUAUAAAAUCCCUGUGCCAAUCAAAGCAGAACUUCGAAAAUAUCAACAGGAUGGGGUAAACUGGCUGGCAUUCCUCAACAAAUACAAGCUUCAUGGAAUUCUUUGUGAUGAUAUGGGUUUGGGAAAGACUUUGCAGUCCAUCUGCAUUCUUGCAGGAGACCAUUACUUGAGGGCACUUGAGUAUGUGAAAGCAAAGGCAGCGGAUUGUGCACCUCUUCCUUCCUUGGUUGUAUGCCCUCCAACAUUAACAGGACAUUGGGUUGAUGAAGUGGGAAAAUUCUGCACCAGAGAAUAUCUUAAUCCUUUGCAUUAUACUGGGCCUCCCACAGAAAGAGUAAGGCUGCAGCACCAAGUGAAAAAGUACAAUCUUAUAGUGGCUUCCUAUGAUGUUGUACGAAACGAUAUAGAUUUUUUUAAAAAUAUUAAAUUUAACUACUGUAUACUUGAUGAAGGCCAUGUUAUAAAGAAUGGAAAAACUAAAUUGUCAAAAGCCGUAAAACAGUUAACUGCCAACUAUCGAAUUAUUCUUUCGGGAACACCAAUUCAGAAUAAUGUCUUGGAAUUGUGGUCCUUGUUUGAUUUUUUGAUGCCAGGAUUUUUGGGAACUGAACGUCAGUUUGCAGCACGGUAUGGGAAGCCCAUAUUAGCUAGCAGAGAUGCAAGAAGCUCUUCCCGAGAUCAGGAAGCCGGAGUUCUUGCAAUGGAAGCACUUCAUCGCCAAGUUUUACCUUUCCUGCUGCGAAGAAUGAAAGAAGAUGUACUACAGGAUCUCCCACCCAAAAUUAUUCAAGAUUAUUAUUGCAGUCUUAGUAUACUACAGAUACAACUUUAUGAAGACUUCGCUAAAUCACGAGCCAAGUGUGAUGUUGAUGAAACAUUGUCUAGUUGUGCAACUGAGGAAAAUGAAAAGCCAAAGUUAAAGGCAACAGGGCAUGUUUUCCAGGCUUUACAGUACUUAAGAAAAUUAUGCAACCAUCCUGCACUCGUAUUAACAGUACAGCAUCCUGAGUACCGACGAAUAGUGGAGCACCUUGCGGCUCACAAUUCUUCCCUUCAUGACAUCCAGCAUGCUCCAAAACUUUCUGCCUUAAAACAAUUGCUGCUGGACUGUGGUUUAGGAAGCGGUGUAACGACAGAUGGAGGUACUGAGGCAGUUGUUGCACAACACAGAGUUCUCAUUUUCUGCCAGCUAAAAAGUAUGUUGGAUAUUGUGGAACAUGAUCUUCUUAAGCCUCACUUACCCACUGUGACCUAUUUAAGGUUAGAUGGCAGCGUGCCAGCUGGUCAGAGACAUUCCAUUGUAUCUAGGUUUAAUAAUGAUCCGUCUAUAGAUGUUCUUCUGCUUACCACACAUGUCGGUGGACUUGGACUUAACCUAACAGGUGCAGAUACUGUAGUGUUUGUAGAACAUGACUGGAACCCAAUGAGGGAUCUGCAAGCUAUGGAUCGAGCUCAUCGUAUUGGACAGAAACGCGUUGUUAAUGUUUAUCGACUUAUAACAAGAGGCACUUUGGAGGAAAAAAUUAUGGGUCUUCAGAAAUUCAAAAUGAAUAUUGCUAAUACAGUUAUCAGUCAAGAUAAUGCCAGCUUACAGAGCAUGGGAACCGAUCAACUUCUUGAUCUUUUCACUCUUGACAAGGGCAACAAGAUGGAAAAGGCUGAUGUUUCUUCCUCUCCAGCAAAAGCAUCAAUGAAGUCAGUCCUUGAAAAUCUUGGAGAGCUUUGGGAGCAGGAGCAAUAUGACACGGAAUAUAACCUCGACAGUUUUAUGGAUUCACUAAAGUGAAAUAUGUAUACCUGCCUGGUACAAAUGAAGACAUUUCACUUUGCUGAUAUUCAGCACAUUUCAGAUGCAUAUACUGAACUUAGCUCAAUAUGUAUUGUAAAUAGACCUGUUUACUAAAAGGUCAGGAAGAAAUUUGACACUUGAAUAGUUAUGUAUAUUUCAGCUUUAUUAAAAAAACUUGUUGCAGAAAGAUUACAUUUUGUAGCCUAGACGAUGUUUAGGAAAAUAAAAUGUUCAUAUUUGAAGAACAUUGCACAAGGCUGUUCUGCUGUGUAGGUUUCCAUGACAAUAUAUACACAUCAGAAAACCAAAGUGGAAGAGUCUACGUGACAUCAAAUCAUCUGAGGAGGUAGAUCCUGCAUUAUUUUGCACUUCCAUACAUAUUACUGUGUGGUGUUUUAUAUGAUGAAAAAUGGAAAGAACAAGAGUUGUUGUUGUUACGGUUAUUCCCUGUAUGUAGCUGAUUUGUGACACUCUGUGACAAAUAGUAAUCUGUUAAGUGACACCAUUGUGGAGACCUGCAUUUAUAACGUGCCUGCUCCAAGCAUCGGGCAUUGUUCCUGCUGCUGAACAGUGAUGAUAUCUGCAUAGAACAUCAUUGCACAGUACUCCACUAUUUUCAUAUGUUAUAAAAGGAAUUUUGCACAUGAGAAAAUGUUUGUUUUUAAAUGAGGUUUUUGUUAACCUUACAGUAUGGGCAAGAAGACAUCAAGGCUGCAGUGUACAGUAACUCUGAAAACGGAGUGGGGGGAAUUGCAAAAUAGGUCAGCCUCUAACUGAAUUAAUUCCUGAAGUACUCUGCUAUGUGCAUAACUAUAACAAAUGCAGUGAUUUAAACAUUGUUUUUACAUAGUUGUGUUUUAAAUAACUUUUUCUGCUUAAACAGCCAGAAAAAAAGUUUUUCUUAUUAAGUUAAUAUGGCUAUUAAAAUGGAGCAGAUAUUAUAGUAAAAAGGUUGCAACCAUUUCUUAUGCCCUCUUCAGAAGGGUUUACUCCAUUUUCUUUAUUUUAUACAUCUAGAACAGUGUAGCUCAGAAGAUAAAAUAUUCUGCUUAGAUAUAAACCUGUCAAAUAUUUUAUUAAAUAUAAACCGUAAAUUUAAGUUCAGUGAUCAGGCUUUUAGUGUUAUCAUGACUGUUUCACAAGAGUAGCUGUUUUGGAACUACUGUUUCAAUGAGGGGGUGUGGGGACUGAUCUGUAGGCUACAGAUGAGUUAUGUUAACUGUCUUAAUCAUUGGGGGAGCAGUAUGUCAACAGGAUCCCCAGCAGGUACUUGUAUUUACUUCCAACACAGGAAGAGACCAGGCCAGAAUCGUGCUUCAGCAGCUCAUUACCUAAUGUAUGGAAGCUUUGAGACAAGUUAAAGUAACUGGUAAGAAAUAUGUACAUAAGUAUUUAUUUUAUGAAGUUUUAAGAAAGAAAAUAGCCUGCAUAUUAUCUGUCUGAAGCAGCUGCCAGUGAAUUAAUGCAGGUGAUAUCUGUACUUUUCCUAAUAGUAAAAAUUUAUAACUUUUUUAUACAGUGUUGAACAAAUUCUCAGCAUUUCUGUCUUGGCAAAUUGACUGUUGAAAAACUGCACUCAUCUGCAUUCCGUUAACCUAAUAAAAGGGAACGUAGAAGUGA